AUGACGUUGAGAAUCUUCUGGCUGCAUCUGACGAUCUUUAAGCAACUCGGUGCCUGCUCGUGCGCCCUGUUCUGGGUUCAGGUUUUGCUUGGCAGUUCUCCGAGGUCGGAUGUAGCUGCAAGAAGGAGGGUGGACAUUUACACCUGGAGCAGCUGUGGGGUUAGGGAUGAGUCCAUCCCUCAGAGCUCUCUUGCUAAACAGCACUUGUCUGUGAUCACGUCCACAGGUCCAGAGCCCAGCCCCCGGUGCGCACUGUUGCCAACCAACGCCUCUCAUCCCGUCCAGGCCCUGAUGGAGAGCUUCACCGUCCUGUCUGGCUGCGCCAGCAGAGGCACAACCAGGCUGCUACAUGAGGUUCAUGUGCUAAACCUCCGCACUGUAGAUCAGGGACCAGGCCAGGCGCAGAGAGAGGUUACCCUACAUCUGAACCCCAUUUCUUCAGUGCACGUUCACCACAAGCCUGUUGUGUUCCUGCUCAACUCGCCACAGCCCCUGGUCUGGCAUCUGAAGACAGAGAGACUGGCUGCUGGUGUCCCCAGACUUUUCCUGGUGUCCAAGGGCUCGGUGGUCCAGUUCUCGUCUGGGAACUUCUCCCUGACAGCGGAAACGGAAGAGAAGAACCUCCCUCAGGACAAUGAGCAUCUGCUACACUGGGCCCUAAAGGAGUACGGAGCAGUGACGUCAUUCACCGAGCUCAAGAUAGCAAAAAACAUCUACAUUAAAGUGGGGGAAGAUCAAAUGUUCCCUCCCACGUGUAACAUAGGGAAGAACUUCCUUUCGCUCAAUUACCUUGCUGAGUAUCUACAACCCAAAGCUGCAGAAGGCUGUGUCCUGUCCAGUCAGCCCCGGGAGAAGGAAGUGCACAUCAUUGAGCUGCUUGCCCCCAACUCAAACCCUUACAGCGCUUUCCAGGUGGAUAUAAUAGUUGACAUCCGACCUGCUCGAGAGGAUACUGAGGUGGUCAAAAGCCUUGUCCUGAUCUUGAAGUGCAAAAAGUCUGUCAACUGGGUGAUAAAGUCUUUUGACGUCAAGGGAAACCUGAAAGUUAUUGCUCCCAACAGUAUUGGCUUUGGGAAAGAGAGCGAAAGAUCCAUGGCCAUGACCAAAUCAAUAAGAGAUGACGUCCCUUCCACCCAAGAGAAUCUGAUAAAGUGGGCCUUGGACAAUGGCUACAGUCCGGUGACGUCAUACACGAUGGCCCCGGUGGCUAAUAGAUUUCAUCUUCGGCUUGAGAACUAUGAGGAGAUGAGGGAUGAGGAAGUCCAUACUACCCCUCCUGAGCUCCGGAUCCUGCUGGGCCCUGGCCACCUGCCUGCCCUGGCCAACCCACCCUUCCGGGGAGGGGGAGGCCAAAGUGGGGGUCUCCCCUUUCCUUUUCCGGACAUCCCCAGGAGAGGCUGGAAGGAGGGAGAAGAUCGGAUCCCCUGGCCAAAGGACCCCAUGGCUCCCAGCCUUCAGCUGCUUCCUGACCACAGAGAACCAGAGGAGGUGCAAGGAAGCGUGGAUGUGGCCCUGUCAGUCAAAUGUGACAAUGAAAAGAUGGUCGUAGCUGUAGACAAAGACUCUUUGCAGACCAUUGGCUACUCGGGGAUGGAGCUUACCCUGUUGGACCCUUCGUGCAAAGCCAAGAUGAACGGUACCCACUUUGUUCUGGAGUCUCCCCUGAAUGGCUGCGGUACUCGACACCGGCGGGCAGCCCCUGAUGGCGUGGUUUACUAUAACUCUAUUGUGGUCCAGGUUCCAUCCUCUGGAGACAGCAGUGGCUGGCAAGAUGGUGAUGAAGACCUGGAAUCUGGUGACAAUGGAUUUCCAGGAGACGCGGAUGAAGGAGAAACCGCCCCCCUGAGCCGGCCUGGAGUUGUGGUAUUCAACUGCAGCUUGCGGCAGAAGAGGGAACCCAGUGGCUCCCAGGACAAGCUCUAUGAAAAUGCCACCUUCAACAUGGAGCUGUACAGCACAAACCUCUUCCUGGUGCCCACCCCAGGGCUCUACUCUGUGGCAGAGAACAGACAAGUCUAUGUGGAGGUGUCUCUCACUAAGGCUGACCAAGACCUGGGAUUUGCCAUCCAAACCUGCUUUGUUUCUCCUUACUCAAACCCAGACAGACCGUCUGACUACGUCAUCAUUGAGAACAUCUGCCCCAAAGAUGACUCUGUGUUGUUCUACAGCUCCAAGAGAAUGCAGUUCCCCAUCACUAGCGCCGAGGUGGACAAGGUGCGGUUCAGCUUCCUGUUCAAGUCCGUGUUCAGCACCUCCCUGCUCUUCCUACACUGCGAGCUGACGCUGUGUACCAAGAAGAAGGGCGCCCAGAUGCUGCCGAAGUGUGUGUCUAUUGACGAUGCCUGCACCUCCCUGGAUGCCACCACGAUCUGGACCCUGAUGCAGAAUAAGAAGACAUUCACCAGGGCGCUGGCUGUGGUCUACCAGGUGGAUGAUGAAGAAAAUGUUCCAGACACCAAGGAGUCCAGUCCAGUUCCUCCUCCUCCUCCUCCUCCUUCUCCUCCACAGAUUUUCCACGGCCUGGACACGCUAACUGUGAUGGGCAUUGCGUUCGCGGCAUUUGUGAUUGGUGCACUCCUGACAGGGGCUUUGUGGUACAUCUACUCCCACACAGGGGAGACAGCUCGAAGGCAGCAAGUCCCCACCUCACCGCCAGCCUCGGAAAACAGCAGCGCGGCCCACAGCAUCGGCAGCACCCAGAGCACCCCUUGCUCCAGCAGCAGCACAGCCUAGAUGCCCGCCAGGGCACAGCAGGGCAUGAAGCCGGUGCUGUGCGUUCAGAGCUGGAAGGCUUGCAGGGGGG